AUGGCAAAAUCCAAGAGUAAUAGAGAGGCAAAAGGCCUUAUAUAUAGUAAGGCUCUUCGCACUUUUAAAGAGCAACGAAGAAACAACGGCGAAACAGUAAGGAACAACCACGCGACAACGAAGCAGCCACCAAGCAACCACCAAGCAAUAAAGAAGCAACGAAACAACGAAACAACAAAGCAACGAAACAACAAAGCAACGAAGCAACUUAGCUUGUUACUGAAAAAGUCCCCAGGGGUGUUCAUGGACACCACUGUCCCAGUGCAAACCUCGACGGUGCAAAUACCCCGGCCUGGGUUAAGUGUCUGUAGGAUCCCUGCGUUCAAUUGUGAAAUUCUCUGCUCUCACGCAAUUUCCUGCGGAUACCGCCAUAUCAACACUUCCCAAGAAUCCGGCAACGAAGCAGAAAUCGGCGAGGCAGUGCGUAAGUCUGGCAUUCCUCGGCAGGAGUUCUUUCUGGCGAUCAAGGUCUCGAUGCAAUGGUCCUCCGCAGGUGAGACCUACAGCAAAAUAAUAGAGAGUGUGAACAAGAUUGGCGGCAUGGGCGGGUACGUCGACCUCCUCUUGAUACAGUCCCUCUCCCAUAACGUCCAGAAGAGAUGUGAUAUGUGGUUUACCCUGGAGCAUGUGCUCAAAAAGGGGAAGACGAGACGUAUCGGCGUUUGUGACUAUACCCUUCUCCCUUUCCUCCAGAUCGGUUCGUAUUCGGAAAUAGGGCCACCACAUGUAAUUCAGCUUGAGCUGAAUCCCUGGAAUCAGCAGAAGGAGCUCGUUCGACACUUACGGCAUCAUGGCGUAGUGAUUGAAGCGUACUGUUCGCUGACCGGAAAUGCGAUGAUUCUUGACUUCGACCUGAUAUUCCUGGCAGUGAAAUACAACAAAACCCCACACCAGGUCCUGAUACGGUACUCGCUCCAGAAGGGCUGGGUGCCCUUGCUGAGUAGCACGAAACUGGACCACAUCACGUCCAACACGAACGUAUUCGACUUCAGCCUUACGGAAGAAGAAAUGAAUACUCUUGACUUAAAGGAGGACGGCAUGUGGGGACAUUCUCCUUGGGACAAACUGAAACUGCAUCCUUGA